AUCAACGAUCGAGAUUGACCACGAUAAUAAAUGUGGUUUCUUUUUCGAACCCCAUCCAGAAAAUUCACUAUUAAGACGAGCACAAUGAAAAAGAUAAACAUUAAGCUUAGCUACUAGCUCUCUCCUCCCUCUUGCUCUUUUUACCCCUCUCAAUAAAACCUUCCAUAAGAAAAUUUAUACCAUUCCUUUACAGUUUCCUUGCUGAUUUCAUUUCCAAAAACCAAAAACAUUCCUCUUCAAUUCUUCCUUUCAAACAAUGGAUUAUGAAAAUCACAAUUUGAGGGACCAAGAUUUUGUCUCCCCUUCCUCCCAACAACCACCACCAACAAUGUUCUUCUCUGAAAACUACAUCACCUCCCACCACCACCAAGAUGAUGAAUUUCACUAUGAGCCACCGCCAAUACUGCCGCCGCCGCCGUCAUCAUCAUCAAAAGGAUUCCUUGAGGAAUUCCACAACCUUGAUGAAGAGGAAGACCAAGACCAGGUGUUUGGAGUAGUCCACAACGGUUGCAAUUUCGAUUCCUCUGGUUUUGAUGCUUUCCCUUACGGUUCCUCUUCAUCAAACAUGGAUUUUUAUGAGUAUGAGUGCAAGCCCUUUGUUGAUCAUCAUAUCAAUAGUGACACUAAUUUCCAUGGUGUCACCAUCCCUCAUCGAAAUAAUUAUAAUCACCAUGUGACGAUUGCUGAGAUGAUGGGAUCAUCAUCAUCAUGUACUAAUAACAACAAUCAGAUGGUGAAUGUGGAUGGAGCACAAGAGAUGAAGCCUUUGUUUUCAAUCCCCGACGAACUCUCGUCGUCUUCUUGCUUUAAUCUCGACAAUGGUGGAACUUAUCAUCAUCAGAACGAGAUAGCGGGCUACGGAUACAAGAGCAGAAUGAGUAGAAGCAAUGCUGUCACUACCCAUUUGACGAAUCGGGUUAGCAAUCGAGCUUUGGGACUGCCUCCGACUGCUAAGAAGACAUGGAAAGGCAGGAAGAAGAAUAACGUUGUCAAGGGUCAAUGGACCGUCGAUGAGGACAGGUUGUUAGUUCAGCUAGUGGAACAAUUUGGGAUCAGAAAAUGGUCACACAUUGCUCAAAUGCUACCUGGUAGAAUCGGGAAGCAGUGUCGAGAGAGAUGGCACAAUCAUCUCCGGCCUGAUAUCAAGAAAGAUACGUGGACCGAAGAGGAGGACAGAGUUUUGAUACGAUCGCACGGGGAGAUCGGUAACAAAUGGGCGGAGAUCGCGAAGAGGCUCCCCGGGAGAACAGAGAACUCGAUCAAGAACCACUGGAACGCGACCAAGAGAAGGCAGUACUCGAAGCGAAAAUGUCGCUCCAAGUACCCGCGCGGAUCGAUUCUGCAGGACUACAUCAAGAGCUUGAAUUUGGACAAUUCGAGUAACCUUCACGGCAGGAGAUCAACGUCCAAGAAGAAGAACAACAACAAUCAUCAGGAGAAUGGCCCUUGUGGCAAUAAUAAUCAACAGCACCAGCAGCAGCAGGAAAGCAGCUUGGAUGAGGACUUGUAUGAAAAUGAUAGAUUGGUACCCAAUUUCGACUUCAGUAACGAAGAGGUCCCUGAUUUUGGAUUCGAUGACAAGAUUUUCCAGGACGGGUGCAACAUCGAUUCGCUGCUCGACGGGCUGCCUCCCUGUGCGCCGUUGUUGUCGGUCGACGGGAAGAGCUUCGACGACGAGCCGGAAGUGCCGGCGAAGGAGGAUGCAGCGGCGGCGGCGGCGCUGGACUUUGAGGUGAAAAAGGAGCUCGACUUGGUAGAGAUGAUGCUGGUGUCGCAGAAGAAAGGAUUCUGACAAAUUUCGUAGCCCCGUCGUAAUAAUAUAAUAUACUCAAAAGGGAAAUUAAUGGUAACAAAAUAUUGCAUAAUAUGGGAUGGUGACAUAAGAACUUUGGGUGUAGAAGAAGAACAUUAGUUAUCUUCAAGUACUCCAACUUAUUUUUGCCAAUUCUUUUGGCAAUUUUUGCUCUCUUUUUGGAUGGGAAUUAGAUAUAGAUAUAGAUAUCUAUAUUCAUAUCCAUAUAAAUACAGGAAUGUAUGGACAUUAUAUUGUAGUAGAGAAGGAGAUUUUACCCAUUAAAGAUGUAGGAAUAAAAAGGGUGUCUUUGAUUAUAUACUAUGUAUACUUCUUUUUAAUUUAUGUGAGUGUAUCAAAAUCACUUCUUUAUUAUUUUCUUGGUGAUUGAUGGCUCCAAAUCUCACACUAGGGUUUUUGCCAUUUUAUGUUUGUAAUUAUCUAAAGGAAUCUACACACAUUUUUUACUCAUUUAGUUAUUUUCUCAAAAUGACUUAUUAGUGAUACAAUAUAGACCAAACGAUAAUCUUCUCCUUUAAAGCGAUUUCUUAUUUUAACCGUUACUUGUAUUUCAAUCAACUAUAUUUUUGUUAUAUCGACAUUAAGAAGAAAUAUUUUUUAUUUAAUUAGGAUCACAAAACAUUAUGCAACUUGGAGUCUAUUAUGUUAAAAAUAUCACAUCAAGAAAUAUAUUUGCUAGAUAACCUGGUAUUUAAUUUAUCUAACUUAAUUUUAUUAUAUUCAUCAUUUCUAUCUCGUAACAAUAAAUAAAUCAUUCAUAAUCGAGAUGUUAUCAUUUCGAAUUAACCCGCAUUAUCUUAUAAGUUCUGGCCCAUUCUGCAUAGGUACAACACAUCCCAUUCCAUGCUGAAAUUUACCGAGUAUAUAUGCUACUUCAAACUCUUAUAUGAACUAAUGUGGUUUUAAUUUAGUGCUUUCACAUCAUUCGAGUUCGUGAUACCGUGAUUCUCUUCCUUUUUUAUUUAGGUACUCUCAUUUUAUUUUCCAUAUAGAAAUCAAGAUGUUAUUACACGAUUAUUAUCGCAUCUAAAAAUGAAUCAGCCAGCUGCCUCGAUUCAUACCCCAUAUAGAUAUUUACCCAAUUUGGUGUACGUCUGAUGCACGAGUAUUGAGUUACCUAUUUCGCCCCGCCUAUUCACAUUUCCAAUUGUAAGUAAAUCUCGUACUAAGAAGUUGACAGGUUGAGAUAAUUGCGAGUCGACGCUUUCGUAUUUUAUGAAUUGGAGUUGACCUUUUUCAUUCUAGAUAAAAAUAUGUUUUAUUGAAUCCGUUUUAACCAGAACCUAAUUAAUGGGAUUUUUAAGGUACUUGUUGCACCCCGGUAGUGGAAACUGAAGCUGAUGAGGUGAAUGUUACGGGUUUGGAGUCAGUAAAUGUGGUCUCCUGAAGUAAAGGCAAUCGGUAAAUUACACAAAGGAAGAAUUAAUUGGUUUUGCAAUUUAAACUCACAUAAUCUGUAAUCUAAUUAUCACUGUGAUCUUUAAUUUCUGACAACCCAAAGCCACCCUUAGAAUUCUAUAGUAAUUAAUUAUCAAUUCUGGGUCUGAAACUUCCCAUCCGUCCUGCAAUUUUGAUUACUGUUUGGAUUAUAUAUGUUUAGUUCAAGCAAGGAAGGUCAUCAUUUGUGUUAGGAUUGAUUUUACGAAUAUGAUUAAGUUAAUUAGUUCACCAAGGAUUGAAGUUUGCACAGGGUCAUAGAAGGAAAAAAAAAUUACGUUGUUAUGUUGAAGAGUUUGUCUUGAUGAUUCUUGUCGAAUCUACUAUAUAAGAAAAUAUCUUUAAAAUUAAGAAUUAUCUUGUGUUAUUUUGACUUGGACAUAUGAGUAGGUAUCUAGAUGCACUAAUUAUUUCAACUAAAAGAGCAAAAAAGAUAAACUAAGUGAUUAAUUAAGAUUGCAGUCGUUA